AUGGAGAUGGCAGGGGAGGAGGAGCGUGGGGGGCAGGAGGGGGAGCGAACCCUGCAGACGCUCGUCAACGAGCAGAGCAUGACGCUCGAGAAGAUUUUCAUGGCGAUCAUGAGCACGGAAGAGAUGCUGGACUCGUCGGAGAGAGACAACGACAGGCUGCUACGUGGGGAUCGCAUGUUUACCGGGGAUGAGUCCUGGGCUGAAGGGGAGGGAGGGGAGCAGAGAGACUCGCUGCAGGAGUUGAAGGGCUGGUUCGACGACAAGGAGGUGACCCAGCAGCUGGACGAGGAGAUGCGGACAGCCAUAGACCUCGAUGACGUCACGACGGACAAGGUCACGAAGAGUCUGGAGCAAGCGAGGCUGUUGAAGACGUCGCUGCAGCAGAUUUCCGACAGCCUCAUCACAACCGCUCACUCGGAUCACAAGGUACUGAGGAAGAAGCUCUCCGAGCAGUUCUUCUCCUUCAACUCCCAGGUGAACCGACUCGUCGAGAGCCUGGAGCGGCAAGACAAGAACAACAAGCGGCUGACGAUGAUGACCUUGGUCCUCAAGGAAAAGCUCAGAUUCCGCGAGGAGCAGCUAUGGCGAGCCAUCGAUCAAGACGCCGUCCGUGAGCGCCGUAAGAAUGGCACAGACAUCGAGAACCAGCUGCAGAGUUUGCGGGAGGCUCCGUCGACAGCGCAGACGGCGCAGAUGGAGUGGGAGCUGGCGAAGACGAAGACGGAGCUGGAAGAGCUUCGAGCGGUUGUGCAGCAGAAGGAAGAAGAGAAGAAGAGGCUGCAGAAGCAGCUGACGGAGGCGCUGCAGUCUCUCGCUAUGAAGAACGCCGAAGCUGAUCAGGCGUUCCUGGCAGAGAUCGACAUGCAAAGGGACAUUUUGGUAGCGUCGAGGAGAGCUGUUGAUGGUCAGAUGUUUGCCGACCUCUCGAUCGACGACGACAAGAUCGACAAGGCGCUGCAACAGAUUCCUCACGACAUUAGGAAGCUGCAGCGAGCGAGCGAGCAGCUGCAGGCAGAGAAGAGCAAGAUCGAGGAGGAGAGUCAGGCGGAGGCCGAGAGGCUGAAGGGGUUCCUUGCAGCAUUGGAGAACAAGGUCAAGUUUCAAUCGAAGCAGAUUCAGACGCUCAAGAACAAUCAAGCCAAGAUGUCUGGCAAUGUCUUCCAACAGACCCUCCAGGCGUUGAAAAGCAACCAAAGGAAGCCGGGGGAGUCAAAACAAACGAAAGGAGGACAGAGCGUUGAAAACUCUUCUCCUCUACUUGAUGACUCGAACGAUCAGGAAGAGUCAUACCCCUCCGAUGCCUCCCCUGCCUCAGAUUUACUCGCCGUCCCUUCUCCGCAUGACGAUCCCGACCCUGAAGCCUCGCCGUCUGCCUCAGCCCGAGUCUCUUUGCAGACUCGCCAUGUUAGCCAGUCGAGGUCGAAGGCGAACAGCAAGGCUCUCUCUCUCUCUCGUUCUCAGACCGGACCCGACAACGUCAAAGACUUUGACGACGUGGGGACUUUCUUUGACGAGAAGCUAACGGCCAUCCAGUCCGAAGUCUCGAGGAUGUGGCAGAAGAGCGGCAUGAAGAGAGUGCAAGAGACUGUGAGGGAGGUGCGGGUGGAGACAGCGCGGAGAGUGUCAGAGACGUUCAGCCAUCUGAGCGAGAUGAAGAGUUUGAAGGAUCUGCGAGACCUUGUUGCGAGGGAGGAGGAGGAGGAGCGGACUGGGGAUGCGAAACUUCCCCAGUCAAACUCGAACGAGAUGCGGGAGGGGAGCGGAGGAGCAAGGCAGUCAGUGCCUGUGGGAAAGGAGGAGGGAGUGGACGCGGUGUCGUCGAGCAGAAGCGCGGCUCAUUCGAAGCUUGAAGGUCCUCGCAAGGUCAUAGCGCAGAAGCUGGAGGAGCGAUGGAAGAUCAAGUCAAGGAUGUGGGAGGCGAAGAAGGAGGAGAUCCGUCGGAAGCGAGCGGAGGCCAUCGCUCGCUGCAUGGGAGCGUUUGCGAUAGUCGUGGACCCCCUCUCCCCCCCGACGAAAGAACCCUCCUCUUCCUCCGCUGUGAAUCAAGAGCAAAAGCCCUUGCUGCAGGAGGAGAAACGUUCCACCAAGAGCCCCGGCCCCGGAGACGCGCAGGGAGGAGGCAGGAGCGGGGGGAACAAACCUUUCAGCAUGAAGACCGUCGUCUUCUCCGGCUUGCUGGCGCCCCCCGUGGCUGACAAGCCCACCCCCCGUGAUCACUUCGCUCUCGCUAAGAAGGCGGUGAUGAAGCUGAAGAAGGUGGGAGAGGCUUCAGCUCCUCGACACACCCUGGCCGCUGUGAGCUCGACCCGCAGCUGGGCCCUGAACGCUGACGUUUGUCGUGCAGCAGACAACAAGACCUGCCAACAAGGUAGGAGAGAGGGAGAGCACCAGCCUUGGGUUUAUCUUUAUCACUUACUCUACACUAGUCACACGUCCUGA